GUCCAAGCCACUAUAUUCAUGCGCACGCCUGUUAGCUUUUGGAGAGUACUUCGGAUGUUCUGGCCUUUGGAAGUCAUCCAAAAGCUCGACAUCGCCGGCCAUGAGCAACGAAACAUUCUCCCAUUGCAGCCUAGCGCCCAUCGACUUUGGGACCAGCACAAAUUUGCCCCCCGUCCUAUUCAGCACCCAACAAACCCAGACCAUAGGAUGUACCUCCAAGUCGUCUGGUUCAAGGAACGCCAUACCGAGGCGGACGAUGCAGGACUCGAUUGGGGCUGGCGCUAGAUAUGUCGUACACGGCGAUAUCUAUGAGUUAAGCACGUCUGACCCGGAGAAACGCCCGCUGCCAGACAUCCGCUUCUUCCAGAUGCGAUAUGCCAUGCAGUAG